AUGGAUGGACAUUCAGGGCCUGUACCUGAUACAAUCAUGGCCAACUCUGAUGCCGUUCCUCCCGUCCAGACGGAUGUUCGCAGCCAUGCCAUCCAUCAUGACCAGCCUACUGUCUACCCUGAGAACGGAAAAGAACCUCCCCGAAAGCGAGUGACGCCCCGGCCGUCUUUUUUCGAAAAUUUGGCCAGCUCGCGUGAGACUCAGUUUACGUUGAAGAGGAACAACUCUGGCGAUAUAGACCGAUACUUUCAUGGUCCCCGUGAUCUUGACAAGCAUUCGAAAUGGCCCAUCUUCCUGCGUAUGCAUGGCAGUGUCUUGCCCAAGAUGCUGCUACCUCUGGUGUUUGUCGCUCUCUGGUCGACUUUGAUUACCUGCAUUUCGAAAUUCGUUCACAACCUCGGUAUCGACAAUAUACUUCUCACAGUUACCGGUUUCGUUGUCGGUUUGGCUCUGUCGUUUCGAAGCUCGACAGCCUACGAGCGAUGGGCAGAUGGAAGAAAAUACUGGUCGCUAUUGAGCCAGACCUCUCGAAACCUCGCGCGCACAAUCUGGGUCGACACUGCAGAACGAGAAGGCGAACAAGGAAAGGAAGACUUGCUCGGUAAACUAACUGCGAUGAACCUCAUCCUAGCAUUCGCCGUCUCCCUCAAACACAAACUGCGAUUCGAGCCAGACGUGGCCUACGAGGACCUUGCCGGUCUGAUCGGAUACCUUGAUACAUUCGCCAAGGAAGCACACGAUAGAGAACGUCUCCAGCCUCCCAGGAAGAGUAUGUGGAAAUCAGCUGGCGAAUACCUCGGCAUCUCAUUCGCCGAGUCGAACCCUAGGAAAUUGAUUAAGCGGUCCAAGAAGCCGUUGGGCCAUUUGCCACUUGAAAUUCUCAAUCAUAUGGCGGCUUAUAUCGACAGUUGUAUUGCGAACAAUACUCUCUCCGUUAGUCUUCAUCAAGGACAAGCUAUCUCCGCACUGGCUACACUUAACGAAGUGUUGACAGGAACUGAACGGGUCUUGGAUACUCCCCUGCCUGUUGCUUACACUAUUGCGAUUUCUCAAAUCGCCUGGAUCUACGUCAUGGUACUUCCCUUCCAGCUCUACAACACUCUGCAAUGGGUGACUAUCCCAGGAUCAAUCGUCGCCGCAUACAUCAUCCUCGGUCUGGCAACCAUCGGCUCCGAAAUCGAAAACCCCUUCGGACACGACGUCAACGAUCUUCCCCUCGACACAUACUGCCGACAACUCGCCCUAGAACUCGACAUCAUCACCGCCGUCCCAGCACCCAAGGCCAGCGAUUUCAGCCAGCGCGAAGAUAACCUCGUCCUCUACCCCCUCAGUCUAUCCGGCUACCCCGACUGGAAGGACCGCAGCGUCGAGGACAUCCGCGCCGCCCUUAAAGCGAAAGUGGUGGCCAACAUUACCCCGUCUGCAUCUGCAGCUCCGUCCAAAGCAUCGACUGUGAUCGAGGAAGUGGGCGUCACGACGGGCAAAAAUUCUGUCUAG